UAAAUGACUCUUAAAAAAAUAGAAUUAAAGUAGAUUUUUAAGACUUAAAAUGUUCUCACGCUUUAAUUCUAUCAUGGAAGUUAUGUGACAAAAUUUGAAGUUAAUUAAAUAUUUCACAAUCUAACCCGAUGUUAAACUUAUGUGUUCGCCCCAAAUAAAUAAAAGUAAACCAACCAGACUAGACUGCACUCAUUUAAAAUCAAGCGAGGGGAUCAGCGUGAUGCACCGAUCUUGGGUCGAAAAAAAACAAAGCAGACUCAUUAAGAUCUAUUGAUUGUGAUCUACGGGGUCGCCCGCGAGUAAUAAAGUGGCAGUGCCAGCAGCGGUGGCCGAAACCCAAAUGAACGACACCGACGUUGUGACGAGGGCUUUGAUUGGAACGCCCCUUGAUGCGACAUGCAUAUCAAUUAAUUACAACAGUUACAUUUGGCUGAGUUUCGGUGGACACCGCGACAUUCGGGAUUGGGUAAUGCAAUUUUGGAUAUUACAACAGAAUACAAGACCUGGGUCUGGGACCGAUUGCAAAUCGCUGGAGCAGCUGGACAGCCGGACGCACUGCGACUGAGUUGGCCGAAUUUAUUCAAAUCAGUUGAAUUCCGCGCGGGGUAGCGUAUAGGUGUCUCUUCUACUUCGAUCAUCGUAUCAAUUGCAAUGUGCAAAUACGUCUUAAUUGCUGCACUGGCCGUAAUGUGCUCCAUGGUCCGGGUGCGAGCCACGCUGCACGAUCUGCCCGGGGUCUUUGACUUCUCCAACGUGGACCUGGUGAACUUCCAAUACUUCAAGAACCUGGCCUCGCAGGAUCCGCGAACCGCCGCCUCCGCCAAUCCGUUCCUGGAGCACUUCCAGAAGAAGAAGGCGGUACUGGAUUACCUGGACCGCCUCUUCUUCGGCAACUCGCCGUUCCAGCAGCCCAGCGAGAUUCCCUUCGAUCCGCACUUUGGUCGCGCAUGGCGUCCGACCUACGAGCGGAAGUUCGGAUACCGCGGGGAGCGCCUGAUCGCCGCCCUGGGCUCCGGCUAUUCAGUACCCCAGCUCCGACACUUUGGAGCCAUUCCGCGGGAGUACGGGACUGCCCACUAUCCAAGUUGAGUGCGGAUGGAACCCUUAUUGCUCUAGAUAGCGUAUUUAUGGAAUAAACUUAAGCCACGAUUUUUAACCCUAUUGGUUUCACUUGAAAUUUAAGGGCUAAACAAAGGCCAUAUUAGUCAUUAGUUAUCUUUUCGACUUGAAUCUAUAAUCUGUAUGAUCCUUAU